CUUGAAGAUAACAGUGGAAACUGGGCAGGGUCUGUCUACACAUGAAGGCACCCUGACUGCGUGCGCGGUGUGCUUUCUCUUUUCAGCGCUGAGAAGCCGCUGCGCUGAUCGGAGGAUUUAAAGUGAGCUUAAGUUGGACUCGGUGUGACAUUUGUGGAUCCCGUGGGCGUUGCUGCACUAACAGUGGCUGUGUUGCUCAACUUUGAGAAGUAUGUGAAUUUGUUGCGACGACUGAGACGGAAUGCGCGGAUUUGGUGGCUUUUCCUCCUGUGUUUUCUCUUCGGAUAUCGUCGUGACUUCGGUUCGCCUGCAGCCCCCAUUCGCGUGUUUUGUAAGCGUGCAAUCAACGGCAGUCAUGCAGCAUGAUGUGGAGCUGCACCUCUGCUCCUAACAGACUGUUUACCUGUGUGGAAGGAGCAGAGUUGCACGUCGUGCCUUUGCAGAGGCUCCAUGGGUAACCGCCGUGCGUAACGCUGGCUCUCCAUGGAGGACUGGUGGAGAAGCCACUCAUCGAAAUCCCCACUUUAAAAAGACACUUGAAGAAAGAUGAAUCAAGACCAGGACGGGAUCUCUUUAGCGGUACCUUCCUUUGGUGCUUGCCCCGGCAGAGAGAACCUCAGCGGGGAAAAUACAAGCGUCAACAGCAGUGGUGGUGGUGGUGUUGGUGGUGCCUGUGGAAUCCCCGCAGCCGGGACUUUUUGGCAUGAUUCGGGGGCUGGAGGUGGGGGACUUAGCCCGAUCUCCGGGAGCUGCCCCUUGGACACCGGAGGUUUGCUGUCCACCGGAAAGUCUUGCAAAAGCAGGCCGGUGACAGUGGCCUAUGUGGUGAACGGAGAGGCCAGCCAACAGAAUAAUCAUGAGAGCAUGGCCCUGCAGUGUCUGAAGGACGCUUGCGAUUCUGUGGGCAGCAAGCUAGAGACAGUGAACUUUGGUAAACUGGAUUUCGGGGAGACCGCCGUGCUGGACAGGUUCUACAACGCAGACAUAGCUGUGGUGGAGAUGACAGAUGCCUUCCGCCAGCCUUCGCUCUUCUACCACCUGGGAGUGAGAGAAAGCUUCAGCAUGGCCAACAACAUCAUCUUGUACUGCGACACUAACUCUGAUGCUCUCCAGUCUCUGCAGGAGAUAAUUUGCCAGAAGAACACUACAUGCUCAGCUAACUACACCUUCAUCCCGUACAUGGUGACACCUCAGAAUAAGGUGUACUGCUGUGAGGGCAGCCUGAUGAAGGGCCUGACCGAGCUGAUGCAGCCCAGCUUCGAGAUGCUGCUGGGUCCCAUCUGCAUGCCUCUGCUGGACCGCUUCAUCCAGCUCCUCAAAGUGUCGCAAGCCAACUCCCACCAGUAUUUCCGUGAGACGAUUCUGAAUGAGAUCCGUAAAGCCCGGGAGCUUUACACUGGCUUGGAGCUGGCUGCAGAGCUGAGCCGAAUCCAGCAGCGGCUGGACAACGUGGAGUGCCUUUCAGUUGAUGUCGUCAUCAAUUUGCUGCUUACGUACAGGGACAUCCAGGAUUAUGAGUCCAUCGUGAAGCUGGUAGAGACUCUGGAGAAGCUUCCGACCUUUGACCCCAUGGCUCAUCCACAUGUGAAGUUCCACUACGCGUUUGCUCUGAAUCGAAGGAACCUUCCGGGCGACAGGCAGAAAGCCCUGGACAUCAUGCUGCCCCUGGUGGAAGGCGAGGAGCAGGUAGCGAGUGACAUGUACUGCCUGGUGGGACGUAUCUAUAAGGACACGUUCCUGGAGUCAGACUUUACCGACACGCAGAGCAGAGACAACGGCGCACUCUGGUUUAAAAAGGGGUUUGAGUCAGAGCCAACACUACACUCUGGUAUCAACUAUGCUGUUCUUCUGCUGGCAGCUGGACACCAGUUUGACACGUCGUUCGAGCUCCGCAAAGUGGGAGUUAAGCUGAGUAGCCUGCUGGGUAAAAAAGGCAGCCUGGACAAGUUGCAGAGUUACUGGGAUGUGGGCUUCUUCCUGGGUGCCAGCAUCCUGGCCAGUGACAGCACCCUGGUCAUCCAGGCUUCUGAGAAACUCUUCAAGCUUAAAGCCCCUAUAUGGUAUUUGCGGUCAUUGGUGGAGACCAUCUUGAUCUUUCAGCACUUCAACAAGCCCAGCGUAGAGCAGCCCUCCUACAAACAGGAGCUGGUGGACUUUUGGAUGGACUUUCUGGUGGAGGCGACCAAAAAAGAUGUCUCCUCUGUUCGAUUUCCUGUGUUGAUUUUGGAGCCAACUAAAGUGUACCAGCCUUCAUAUUUGUCCAUAAACAAAGACGUGGAUGACAACACAGUGUCAAUCUGGCAUGUUGCUCCUGAUGACAAGAACAAGGGGAUCCAUGAGUGGAACUUCAGCGCCACAUCUGUACGAGGUGUCAGCAUCUCCAAGUUUGAUGAACGCAGUGCCUUUCUCUACGUCCUUCACAAUGCAGAAGACUUCCAGAUCUACUUCUGCACAGAGAUGCAUUGUAAAAGAUUUUGUGAUCUGGUCAACAGCAUAACAGAGGAAGCCUGGAAGUGUCCAGAGGAAGGAGAAUGUGACACUGAUACCUUAGAGUACGACUACGAGUAUGAUGAGCACGGAGAGAGAGUGGUUCUGGGUAAAGGCACAUUCGGAGUGGUGUACGCCGGUCGAGACCUCAGUAACCAGGUCCGACUGGCCAUCAAAGAAAUACCAGAGAGAGACAGCAGGUACUCUCAACCACUUCAUGAGGAGAUCGCCCUCCACAAGCACUUAAAGCACAAGAACAUUGUCCAGUACCUGGGCUCUAUCAGCGAGAACGGCUUCAUCAAGAUCUUCAUGGAGCAGGUGCCUGGAGGGAGUCUGUCUGCACUGCUGAGGUCCAAGUGGGGCCCACUGAAAAACAAUGAGCCCACCAUCGGCUUCUACACACGGCAGAUCCUGGAGGGGCUCAAAUACCUGCACGACAACCAGAUUGCACACAGAGACAUCAAGGGUGAUAAUGUACUCAUCAACACCUACAGUGGCGUCCUGAAAAUAUCAGAUUUUGGCACAUCCAAAAGGUUGGCUGGGAUCAACCCCUGCACUGAGACUUUCACAGGCACAUUGCAAUACAUGGCUCCUGAAAUUAUAGACAAAGGCCCACGGGGAUACGGCAAACCAGCAGACAUCUGGUCCCUUGGCUGCACCAUCAUAGAGAUGGCCACUGGGAAGCCACCUUUCUAUGAACUGGGAGAACCACAAGCCGCCAUGUUCAAGGUGGGUAUGUUUAAAAUCCAUCCAGAGAUCCCAGAGUCCAUGUCACCAGAGGCCAAAGCCUUUAUCCUUCGCUGCUUUGAACCCGACCCGGACCGACGUGCCACCGCGCUCGACCUGCUCACCGAUGAAUUCCUCACCGUCACCAGCCGAAAAAAGAAGAGCAAGGGCAGCUUCACAGCUCUGACACCAGGAUCAGAGUAUCUCCGCAGUAUCUCGCUGCCAGUGCCCGUUGUAGUGGAAGACACCAGCAGCAGCAGCGAGUAUGGCUCCGUCUCCCCUGACAACGACCUCAACACCAACCCCUUCAUCUUCAAGCCAAGCAUCAAGUGCUACAGUGAAAAGGAUGUCAAGGGCCAGAGGUCCCUCUUUCUCAGCAUUCCAGUGGAGAACUUUGAGGACCACAGUGCCCCUCCAUCACCUGAUGAGAAGGAUUCGGGCUUCUUUAUGCUUCGGAAAGACAGCGAGAGGCGAGCUACCUUGCACCGUAUCCUGACUGAAGAUCAGGACAAGGUGGUGGCCAACCUGAUGGAAGCCCUGGCACAGGGCUCAGAGGAAAUGAAGCUAAAACCUCAGCACAUCUCCACCCUUGUGGUGAGUCUUGCUGACUUUGUUCGGAUGGCAGACAGGAAAAUCAUCGCCAACACCCUGUCUCAGCUCAAGCUGGAGCUAGACUUUGACAGCACUGCCAUCAGUCAACUGCAGAUCAUGCUGUUCGGCUUCCAGGAUGCUGUGAACAAAGUGCUGCGAAACCACAACAUCAAGCCUCACUGGAUGUUCGCUUUGGACAACAUCAUCCGCAAGGCUGUGCAGACUGCCAUCACGAUCCUGGUGCCAGAACUGAGGCCUCACUUCAGUCUGGCCUCAGAAAGUGAUGCAGCCGAUCAGGAGGACAUCGAUGACGACGGUGAGCCGGACAGAACCUCCACGCACCAGAGCCGGGCACCUCCUGGCGCCGCUCACGAUGACACGGUGGCUACCUCGGGAGUCAGCACACUCAGCUCCACCGUCUCCCACGAAUCCCACAAUGCACAGCGCUCCGUGAGCAUGGAGCUGGGGAGGAUGAAGCUGGAGACCAACAGGUUGCUGGAACAGCUGCUGGAGAAGGAGAGGGAGUAUCAGUCCAUCCUGCAACAAGUGCUGGAUGAGAGAGAGCAAGAGAUCAGACUACUGAAGCUGCGAACUGAGCCUGAAGACACCCCCACAUCUUCGCAUGACUUGGAGGGACAGAGGAGCCAACCUGCAGAGAGACGUGAAGACCCAGAGCUGACCAGCUGGCUGACACGUUACGGUGCUGACCAGGAUGCCAUAGACAGGAUACUCAAUGAGGAGUAUACACUGAACGACAUCCUUCAUGAUGUCACAAGAGAUGAUCUGAAGAGUUUAAGACUGAGAGGUGGGGUCUUGUGUAAGCUAUGGAAGGCCAUCACAGACUACAGGCAGAAGCUAUUCUAAGGCCUUAAGUGGUGACAGCCACUCAGAGAAGCCAGGACUUUUUUUUGUCCCCAACAACUCCUCUUUACCUCAGCGUUUAUAAAAGCAAGAUCCUGGAGAAGAAGCUGUGUUGACCAUGUUCAAAGUGUGCAGCUUUCCACCCACACAAUAAUCUUCUGGAGUAUUUUAUAAUUUUGAAAACAAAGAGUUUGGAUAUUAGGUCAUUUUGAAAGUAAAAAUUAAUGAGAAGUGCCACUAGUUUUGUUAUACCUGAUGGACAGGGCACAGCUUUUGUUACAGGUGUGUUUAAAAUGACAACUGGUAGGAAAAUCUAUUAUUGAAAUCUUGAAAACUGUCAAAAAAACCAUUUUCUCCUGUCUUUACAAGAUGUGAUGUUUACAACUGACCGUUUUCUAAUACAGGCCUGAGAUACAAAAUACUACAUUCAUCUGUACUGAUAUUUUUAUCAUUGCUUAUCUUAUCACUACUUUAUUUAAAUGUGUUUUAAUUUAAUUGUUAUAGCAAUCUGAAGGAUGUCAUUCCAUGUCCUGCUUUUGUUUUUUCUUUUAUUUUGUUUUGUUUUGUUUUUUUCGAACUGAGACUUAUUUAAAUUGUCCAUGCUUUUUUUUUCCACAUUUCCUUUUAUAAUAUGAAUCUACAAUUUUAUUUUUAAGAAAUCUAUUAUGUAAAUAUAGUGUUAUAUAAUUCUAUGUGGAUGACAUUUAUGUACUUUGAAAAAGACAUCUCUAAACACAGUCAAAUCUCCAUGUAGAUUGGACCAAGUUUGCAAUGAGCACAUGUGAAAAAUUAAUUCUAUAUUAUUGUAUUUUCUAGUAUCACAAAUCAUAGAUCAUAUUCACUUAAUUGACAAAAUUGUGUUUAUCUUGCUUGUGUUGUGUCAGCAUCAUUCAGUCAAAUAUAUAAGUUGUAAUGAAAAAUCUGACAUGCAAACAAACUUCAUAUGGAAGAACCUUGAUGUCCUUUUUUAUUAAUAUUUUAAACCAUAAUGUCAGAAAUCGGGGGAGGAAUCGGUGAGCCUUGUGUCUGUUUUGUUUCAGAUCUGAUUCAAGAUUGUUGUGAUAUAUUGUUAAAAUAAAACUUUUCAUCUUGAAGCUGUGAA